AUGCACCCCCUUUGGAUGAAUAAGCCAGCUACCGAGGCUCCUAGCUGUCGCGGAUUACAAGAAGAAUCUGGCUUGAUUUCCGCGGACGCAAAGGAAAUUGAGAAAAGGAGUCUUAGGGCCGAGGCUGACACUGUCAGCUAUGGAAGUACCUUUCAAAAAUUUGUACCCAUAGAGACGCAUUUGCGCAACCCCACACAGGUUACUACGGUGCCUGUAGUGAAUAGGCGACAACUGCAGUCCUGCGAAAACGCGGAUUCCCAGGGUACGGGUGCGGCGAUCCCCGCGAAAAAGAGUAAGUCAGUUGCAACGAGGGGUACGAGUACUCACCUUCCUACGGGUCACCAGGAGUCAAGCACGACUUCUCUUGACGUCUUGGCCCAACAGACAACGGAUCCAACCUUUUCGAAGUCCAAUGCCGCCACCAGCUCUGCCUCACAAUCAAAUCCAAAAAGAACAAUAGAUUUUCAGAAAUCUAGCUUGGAGGAAGCCUACAACACCAAGGGACCAAGUCUACUCAGAUUGUCUGAAACAAUAGAAAUACCAGCUUUUCACGGGAGCGACCUUAGUAUUCCGGUGGACAGUCGACACCCACCGGUUAGCCCCAUUCCUCUUAAUGACACCUAUGUAGGUGAUGCUUGGGCGGACCCACCGGCCCUUGCGGAAGUAGCAGAAUCCGCAGGAGAGUCGAUAAGAGAAGAAAAUUCGUCAGGAAGCACCGAGUCCACGUCAUACCUUCCCGUGGACGAAACUAGUUUCUACGCGACACCCAGUUCUCCCAGCGAAGAGGAGUGCGUAGAAGAAGACGGCAAAUUGGGUAGCUUCGAGACGUCCAUCUCGCCUAGGAGGAUUGCAAAGAACAGAGAAGAUGAGGACGGAGACACUCCUCCAAGCCCUAUCGACCACAAGAGAGAAGAGGAUCGAGAUCUGGAGACAGAAUUAUUACCGGCAGAAGAAGAACCCACCGGACAACAAACUCAUCAGGAACUAGCAAGAAGACAUACCAGGAGUCAAGGGCCAGUACCAGAUUUACCUUGGAUGUUCGGGCUACUCGUCAUCCUUGCAGCUAGCAUGCAGCUGUUAGAGGCGGACAUCAUCGCCUACGACUGCAAGGACGACUCCGUGGAGCUCACGAAAGUCUCGCUGUUGAAGGUGAAGCCAUGUCUGGACCCGAGGAAGGCGGAGGAAACCAAACCAUGGGACAUCCAGCUGGUCCAGAAACGCCAAUACGUGGGGGUCCACGUAUACACCUGCCUGAUCACCGUGCAACAAACUAUCCAGCAUUGCGGGAUGCACUCGCACUCCAGCACAGUCGCAGGGGGCCUAGGAAAGUAUGUCCUGGAUCUGUCAGACUCCGAAUGCAGAAAAGCGCAGAGAUUCCAACACUUGGACCUGAGAGCAAUCGGAGCUGGUAUGGUGUCCCAGCUCACGAAAAAUGGAACGACGGAGAUUUCCACAACCCUGCAAGGACAACUAGACACAGAAGGCCGCUGUGAGGGAGUGACCUUCACAGUAGGAGAGGUUGUCUACAAAAACGUAGUCGUGUCAGGAGCUAUCACCAUCAAGCUGUCUGACUACGACACAGUUGCCAAUGUGGAGCUAAACACCAUCCACCUGAGGAGCGGCACCAUCUGCCCAUUCAAUGAUGGCGCCUGUUUCGACGAUUUAUCCGGAAUCGCACUUUGGGAGUCCCACUACGAAGACCAGUGCACCAACAAAGGAGUUGACGUAUUAUACGAAGGAAAUGCCACCCUUCUCACCUUACGUAAAGAUCCACUGAUCCAGUACGUGAUUGUGGAGACGGACGACACAGUAUUUGCCCUGAAGCUGACGAAGCCAGAAGACCUUUGCCAUCAACACGCCUGGCAAACAGAACAAAACCGCCUGCUAGUGAUUUUCCGGGACUCCAUAGGAUUCUACUUCCGGAAAUCAACGAAGAUAGCCCAGAAUACCGACAUGAUGGCGCACGUUCUAAGUAAGCUACUAUACUUAGAGAUUGCAGUCAAACGCUACAUGGCUGAUAUAGUCUAUGACGCCAUUGUAAAAAGAUGUCAACUCCGAGAGAAGAUCCUUCAAAACCGCAUCACGAUGGCACUUCAAGCUCCAGAUCUGAUAGGCAACCUGAUCAAGGAAACUACAGGAUACGUAGGACGAGUAAUGGGAGAGGUCCUAUACAUCGCUAAAUGCAAACCUAUAGUGGUAGAAAUACGAAAAUCCCAAAAAUGCUACCAAGAACUACCCGUGACAUACAACAACGAGACAUGGUACCGGACGCCCAUUAGUCACAUACUCGUCCAACAUGGUAAAGAAGUAGACUGCCAACCUCUCCUACCAGCCAACUUCCAACUUGAAGGGACCUGGAUCGAGAUCUCGCCGGCGUUGAAGAGGACAUCGUCAGUAAUGGAGUUGGACGCGAACGAAGAAAGGACACCAUCACUCUAA